UUCCCUUCGAAAUUCGACAUAUUAUGAAUGAAGGUCUAAUUUUUAAGCAUUAAUUCCCGCAUGGUUACAGGGUUAAAACAGAAACAACUCAAAGGAUUAAGUUUAGGCAUUCAUUCUGAGUGGUUAAGGUUAGGUAUUCAUUCUGAGUGGUUAAGGUUAGGUAUUCAUUCUGAGUGGUUAAGGUUAGGUAUUCAUUCUGAGUGGUUAAGGUUAGGUAUUCAUUCUGAGUGGUUAAGGUUAGGUAUUCAUUUUGAGUGGUUAAGGUUAGGUAUUCAUUCUGAGUGGUUAAGGUUAGGUAUUCAUUCUGAGUGGUUAAGGUUAGGUAUUCAUUCUGAGUGGUUAAGGUUAGGUAUUCAUUCUGAGUGGUUAAGGUUAGGUAUUCAUUCUGAGUGGUUAAGGUUAGGUAUUCAUUCUGAGUGGUUACGGUUAGGUAUUCAUUCUGAGUGGUUAAGGUUAGGUAUUCAUUCUGAGUGGUUAAGGUUAGGCAUUCAUUCUGAGUGGUUAAGGUUAGGUAUUCAUUCUGAGUGGUUAAGGUUAGGUAUUCAUUCUGAGUGGUUAAGGUUAGGUAUUCAUUCUGAGUGGUUAAGGUUAGGUAUUCAUUUUGAGUGGUUAAGGUUAGGUAUUCAUUCUGAGUGGUUAAGGUUAGGUAUUCAUUCUGAGUGGUUAAGGUUAGGUAUUCAUUCUGAGUGGUUAAGGUUAGGUAUUCAUUCUGAGUGGUUAAGGUUAGGUAUUCAUUCUGAGUGGUUAAGGUUAGGUAUUCAUUCUGAGUGGUUACGGUUAGGUAUUCAUUCUGAGUGGUUAAGGUUAGGUAUUCAUUCUGAGUGGUUAAGGUUAGGUAUUCAUUCUGAGUGGUUAAGGUUAGGUAUUCAUUCUGAGUGGUUAAGGUUAGGUAUUCAUUCUGAGUGGUUAAGGUUAGGUAUUCAUUUUGAGUGGUUAAGGUUAGGUAUUCAUUCUGAGUGGUUAAGGUUAGGUAUUCAUUCAGAGUGGUUAAGGUUAGGUAUUCAUUCAGAGUGGUUAAGGUUAGGUAUUCAUUCUGAGUGGUUAAGGUUAGGUAUUCAUUCUGAGUGGUUAUGGUUAGGUAUUCAUUCUGAGUGGUUAAGGUUAGGUAUUCAUUCUGAGUGGUUAAGGUUAGGUAUUCAUUCUGAGUGGUUAAGGUUAGGUAUUCAUUCUGAGUGGUUACGGUUAGGUAUUCAUUCUGAGUGGUUACGGUUAGGUAUUCAUUCUGAGUGGUUAAGGUUAGGUAUUCAUUCUGAGUGGUUAAGGUUAGGUAUUCAUUCUGAGUGGUUAAGGUUAGGUAUUCAUUCUGAGUGGUUAAGGUUAGGUAUUCAUUCUGAGUGGUUAAGGUUAGGUAUUCAUUCUGAGUGGUUACGGUUAGGUAUUCAUUCUGAGUGGUUACGGUUAGGUAUUCAUUCUGAGUGGUUAAGGUUAGGUAUUCAUUCUGAGUGGUUAAGGUUAGGUAUUCAUUCUGAGUGGUUAAGGUUAGGUAUUCAUUCUGAGUGGUUAAGGUUAGGUAUUCAUUCUGAGUGGUUAAGGUUAGGUAUUCAUUCUGAGUGGUUAAGGUUAGGUAUUCAUUCUGAGUGGUUAUGGUUAGGUAUUCAUUCUGAGUGGUUAAGGUUAGGUAUUCAUUCUGAGUGGUUAAGGUUAGGUAUUCAUUCUGAGUGGUUAAGGUUAGGUAUUCAUUCUGAGUGGUUACGGUUAGGUAUUCAUUCUGAGUGGUUACGGUUAGGUAUUCAUUCUGAGUGGUUAAGGUUAGGUAUUCAUUCUGAGUGGUUAAGGUUAGGUAUUCAUUCUGAGUGGUUAAGGUUAGGUAUUCAUUCUGAGUGGUUAAGGUUAGCGCUAUUGUUUGGGGAAGGUUGAAAACAAAAUGAUGAAACAGAAUAUUCCUUUAAGGUUCAUCAAGUACUCUCCCUGCAUGGUAGAGAAUUGUGAGCUGGUUCUCACACCAUCCUGAUCACUAGAAAUAGAUUUCUGACGUUUGAAUGGCCCUGAGAACGUCGAUACAGGCCUUCCUUGGCGCUCACAAAACAAAAUAAAAACUAUUGCCCGGCGUUGGGCGCGACCUCGUCAUGCUCAUUGCCGAAGUGUGCUGCUCAAACCACUGCAAGGCAGUUCACAAUGCUCUAUC